UAGCGCUAGGAUUUUACUUGGUACUUUGUAACAAAUGCCUGGGAAGCUUGGGAGUUUUUCCGUGUCGCCCCGGUCGGUACCUGCCUAGGGGGAAAAAACUUUGGCUUGCAACCAUAGUAAACGGCCAGCCUUCUCCUAUUACUCCUAUACUAGCACUUACUCUCCACCGACACACCCACUCCACAAUCACCCGAACCAGAACUCCUCAUCCGCUCUUAAAGCAAGCACGGACAAUGGCAUCCCCCCCGCCCGAGGUCGCGGAGCGCAUCCGCCACAAAAAGGUGCAGUACACCCGUUUCGCCGACACCAAGCAGUGGAGCAAGUUCGACACCAUCUUCGUGCCGGACGCGACCUUCAAGUUCGUCGACGAGGACGGCAAAGUGGUCACCACGCCGGACGGGGCCGUCCCGUACGAGUGGACGUCGCGCGAGUCGUGGGUGGCCUUCUUCGAGGCGGCCUUCGCAAGCCUGCAGGUCAUCCACCUCGUCGGCCCCGGGGAGUUCGAGCUGGUCGGGCCGGGCGAGGUCAAGGCCGUGUUCACGGUCAUCUACCACGAUGCACCCAAGGGGAAAGGGACGGGGCCGCGUGAGACGGGCGGGGGGCAUUACUACGAGACGUGGGUGCGCCAGGGCGGGGAUUGGUUCUGUAAGGAUUUGUUCAUGCAGAGGAUUUACCACCACGUCGUGUAGAAAUGGUGGGUUGCGUUAGGUCUUCCUUAGCGGGAUGCAGGUAGUACAUACAAUACCAGCUUGUUGAUGUGUUUU